AAAAAAAAAACAAUAACAAUAACACGUGUGAGUUGAGUUAGGCGAGUGUUUAUUUUAAUUUGUGAACUAAAUAUGACUAAAACUAAAGUUACAAAUGAACCACAAGUUGGUAAGGAUAACACGACUAAAGAGUCAAGUGUAUUAACAAAUAAAAUUAAAAAGUCCAAGAAGAUCAUAAAACCUGAAAAUCAAAUCCCUCGCGGACAGCCAAAAUCGAACAGACCAUGGAAGACGCCUAAAACCAAAUUCUCUACAGUGCAAAAGACUAAGCCACGCCUUACUUUUGAAAAGAAAAUGGAACUUCGCAAUGAAAUGCGGGCCAUCAAAGAACGAUCCAAAGAAAUUAAGGAGGCCCGUAAAGAGGCUGCUGUAGCCAAACAGCAAAGACGAGUAGAAAAUGCUGAACGCCGCUUGGCCAAUGAAAGAAGAGCAGAAAUUGUUCAGGUCAUAAAGAAUCCUGCAAAACUGAAACGUAUGAAGAAGAAACAAAUGCGAUUGAUUGAAAAACGUGAUUUAAGCCAAGUUAAGGUGGUGUAAUUUUGGGUAGGGCUUUUCUUAUGGAUGAUUAGAUGUUAGAUUAAUAUAUUUAGGGUUUUCAAGUUUGUAUUGUAAACAAAAAUAAAGUAAAUAGCAGAAGAAA